UGAAACAACUACCACACCAACGACAACUGUCACAUCAACCACAACCGACACAACUACAAUGCCCACUACUACUGAAACAACGACAACCCCAACGACAACUGUAGAGUCAAGCACAACCGAGACAACUUCAAAUCCCACAAUGAGUGAAACAACUGCCACUCCAAUGACACCUGUAAUAUCGACCAACACUGAGACAACUGCAACUCCAACUACUACUGAAACAACUACCGCCCCAACGACAACUGUACAGUCUACAACUGAGACAACUACAACCCCCUCUACUACUGAAACAACUACCACCCCAACGAAAACUGUCACUUCGAACACAACUGAGACAACUCCAACUUCAACAACUCCAGCUACCACCCCAACAACAACUGUCACGUCAACCACAACCAAGACAACUACAACCCUCUCUUCUACUGAAACAACUACCACCCCAACGAAAACUAUAGAGUCGACAACUGAUACAACUACAACGCUAACGACUACUGAAACAACUACCACCCCAACGACAACUGUGGAGUCUUCAACUGAGACAACUACAACACCAACUACUACAGAAACAACUACCAACCCAACGACAACUGUAGAAUCGAGAACUGAGACAACUACAACUCCAACUACUACUGAAACAACUACCACCCCAACGACACGUGUAGAGUCAACAACUGAGACAACUACAACGCCCUCUCCGACUGGAACAACGACCACCCCAACGACACGUGUAGAGUCUACAACUGAGACAACUACAACACCCUCUCCGACUGAAACAACGACCACCCCAACGACAACUGUCACUUUGACCACAACCGGGACAACUACAUCUCCAGCUACGACUGAAACAACUACCACUACAACGACAACUGUAACACCUACAACGUCCACAACACUUGAAGCAACAGCCACCCUAAAGACAACUGUAACACCUUCAACGCCAACAACUACUGAAACAACGACAACCCCAACGACAACUGUCACAUCGACCACAACCGAGAGAACUACAACUCCAACUACUACUGAAACAACUACCACCCCAACGAGAACUGUCACAUCGACCACAACCGAGACAAUUCCAACUACUACUGAAACAACUACCAACCCAAGGACAACUGUAGAAUCGACAACUGAGACAACUACAACGCCCUCUGUGACUGAAACAACUAUCACCCCAACGACGACCGUAGAGUCAAGCACAACCGAGACAACUUCAACUCCCACUUCUACUGACACAACUACCAUCCCAACGACAACUGUCACAUCAACCACAACUGAAACAACGACAUCUCCCACAAUGAGUGAAACAACUGCCACUCCAACGACACCUGUAAUAUCGACCAACACUGAGACAACUGCAACUGCAACUACUACUGCAACAGCUACCACUCCAACAACAACUGCAGAGUCUACAACAGAGACAACUACAACUCCAACUACUAGUGAAACAACUACCACUACAACGACAACUGCAACACCUUCAACGGCCACAACACCUGAAAAAAACAACUACAAUGCCCUCUCCGACUGGAACAACGACCACCCCAAACACAACUGUCACAUCGACCACAGUCGAAACAACUACAACGACAACUGUAACACCUACAACUUCCACAACACCUGA